GACGUAAUACCAAUCAGGAAGUAGAUGUUUAUUUUUGUGAUCGGUGUCGUCUCUUUGGACUUUCGUGUUAGUCUGCUGACAUUUUGGUGUCAGUGAAAAAUAAAAAAUGAAUUCGGAGAAGUAUCCACGUUCGACCAUUGAAGAUGACUUUAACUAUAGCACCAAUGUGGCCGGGUCCAGCGUUCAGAUUCGAAUGGAUUUUUUACGUAAAGUGUACAGUAUUCUUACUGUUCAGAUCAUGCUAACAACAGUGACCUCUGCUUUGUUCAUGUCCUGUGAUCCAAUUAAGAACUUUGUUCAUUCAAGCCCAGCAGUAGUUUUGAUAGCAGCCCUUGGAUCUUUAGGACUUAUAGUUGCCUUGUCAAUUUACAGACUCCAGCAUCCAACCAACCUCUACCUUCUUCUUGGAUUUACUCUGUCUGAGGCUGUAACUGUUGCUAUAGCAGUGACAUUUUAUGAGCAUAUGAUAGUUCUCCAGGCCUUUAUACUAACAGCUGCUGUGUUUCUUGGGUUGACUGCCUACACUCUACAGUCAAAGAGGGACUUCAGCAAGCUAGGCGCAGGACUUUUUGCUUGCUUGUGGAUUUUGAUCAUUACAAGUUUCCUGAGACUCUUCUUUCAUAGUGACACCAUGGACCUCUUAUUUUCAGCUGCUGGGGCGUUGGUGUUCUGUGGAUUUAUCAUCUAUGAUACCCACCUGCUUAUGCAUAAGCUAUCACCUGAAGAGUACAUUUUGGCCUCCAUCAACCUAUAUUUAGACAUCAUCAACCUUUUCUUGUAUCUUCUUCGUCUUCUGGAGGCAAUGAGGAAGAACUAGAAUAUGGAAUAGAAAAAAUGAAUUGGGAUAUUUGGCUUCUUGGGGAAUAGGGAUGUGCAGGUGGUUACUGUUUUUCCAGGUGUUUCUAAUGUAUGAUUUAAUAUAUGAUUUUACUUUUUUAAUGUGCAAUAUGAACAGUACCUCUCUCUUUGUGUCUUUCAUGCAAAGUAUUUAAAUGUUUAAGCACAAACUUGAAUGAAGUGUUGUUUCCUGCAUCUUACUGCAGUAUUUCCCAUGGUUGUUGUGGCUAACUGGCCUCUGAAUGUCUCUCCUGCUAGCAGUAUGUCUUGAAAGUGUACUUUAUAAAUUUAUUACUAAAUAACUCCCUAUGUUUAAAUGAUAGUUUGCUCAAAUUACAUCCUUAAACAGAUUCAUUAAUUGGCUGCAUGUAUGGUAGUGACAAGAGUCAUAAUCCAGCAUGCCUGAAAAGGGAAAAUAGGGUUCCUAGCUGCCCGUCAUGCCCAUGAAUGUUUGCCUAUGCAAGUCCAUGUAUACUCUGCCAGCAGCCCAUUACAAAUACAUUUCUUAUAAUAAAAGGGAGAUAUUCCAAAAGCAGGGUAUCCUGCUGGUUUAAGAGUUUGGGUUGCAGAGAAGUUGGCAAAUGCUGAAAAUAACAGAUGAGAACAUAACCGACUACAUGCAUUGUUAAUGUUUGUCUGAAAUGUUUCAGGUGACUGUUAGUGAAAGAAAUAAUAAAGUGAUUUAAUGUGA